AUGGACACACAGGAAUAUGAUCCUUCACUUACUCCGAAAGAGGAGUCUGUAAUGGAUGAAAAGCCGGACCCAACUGAUCAGGAUCCAAACGUUAAAGCUAAACUUGAAGAAAAAUACUUAUUGGAAAGUGGUUUAUGCCAUCAGCCAUUGUGCAAAUGCCAGGAAAAUCCAAGUCGUCUAAGAAAUGCUGAAGAGGACAGCGGGGAGGCGACUCCUCCUUACAUCGACGGGAAGCCUAUGUGGCAUUACAAUAUCGGAAAUGACAUGGCUGAAAAUCUUCAGGAUCUCAACGCCACGGAAACCGAUCCUAUGAACACUUGUGACUCUUAUACUGUCAAAGCCGAGCCUCUGGAGGAGGUCGAGCAUAAUGACUACAAAUCGGGACGGAACACAGUGAAAACUGAGAUGACAGAAGCCGGCACUGUUGAACGUGAUCCAGAUGACGAUGUUCCCCACGUUGACAACAUAAGAAAGGAGUGUGACGAUAAUUCCCACCGUGCUGCCAACUUGAAUGUUAAGCCUGCUGGAAGUUUCACUGCUGCUGGGAGUAGCCAGAGUGUCAGUACAGCUCAACAUAACUCAAAGAAGGAUGCUGGUGAUGGAGAAAAAGUAGCUCAACCUCAGCAAGUAGCAUUUGGCAGCCAAUCAUCUACUUUAACUAAUACCACGACAUCUGGUAGCGAGCUGACUAGUCAAAAUCUUCCGCAAACCCGUCCUCAAAUUUCAACAACUGCCUUUGUGGAGCGAAAUCCCUCUAUGGAAAGCAAUUCGAAUGCUGGUGAAACAGUGAAAAAAGUUUGUGACUUCCGCGGUCGAACCUCUCAACAGAAGCUCAGACAGUGUGACAUAGACACAAAAACCGGUUUACCUCUUAUCAGCUUACUUUGUGACUUCCGCGGUCGAACCUCUCAACAGAAGCUCAGACAGUGUGACACAGACACAAAAACCGGUUUACCUCUUAUCAGCUUACAGGAUGGAUCAAUUUUUUCUGUUCCACUAAAAUUUUUCUGCAUGAAAUCAGAAAACCAACUCGCAGCAGUCAACAGCACGUAUGAGUUGAUUAGGGACGUAUGUGGUACCUUUCUCAUUCCCAAUGAUAUUCGCAUUAGCGAAACGGAGAUCACACCAAUACAAGGGCCUUUACCGGGAACAAUUCUUCCUAUUACUGAUUGCCUGUUCGAAGUUGUUGGCGAAGAUACACCCGACACAAGUGCAAAUCGGACACCCGAGCUCAGAACUGCACAAGAUCCAUCAUCAUCAGAAUCUCAGCAAAAAAAUUACGACUUGAGGUGA